AUCAGGAAGGUAAAAGCGAGAAAACCUGUGAGUUGAGACAUAGGCAGUUUAGUAGGUAAAGCAAAAGCUGCGCAUGCAAGCAAAGCAAACCAAAGAAUUCUUUUACCACAUUCCAUGGGAAAGCAGGUGUUCAGCCAUCUCCAGGGAAGCAGGGCUCCAGCAUGUGGAGCAGUGACAUGGGAAGACAAACAGCAGAUUUUGAACCUCGUCCCUCCUUUCUUCUCCCAGCUUUGUGUACUGAGCAUGACUCCAUAUGGUCUGGGAUAUGUCCCCGUGGUAUCUUGAGGUCAGCUUUCCUGGCUGUGCUCCUCUCAACUUCUUGUGCAUUCCCAGCCUCCUCACUGGUGGGCUGGGAGGCAGAAAAGUGUAAUUCCUGCUCAACAACAGUGAAAACGUCCCUGUGUUGUCAGCACUUUUCAGCACAAAUCCCAAACACAUCUCCCUGCCAGCUAUUGUGGAGAAAGUGAACUCUACCCCAGCCAACGCCAGCACACGAGAUACGCUUGUGCCCAGGCAGCAAGGUGACGUUGCAGGAACAAGGUCCUGCAGUGAUCUACUGUGCUCUACUUGAUCACCUUGUGAUCAAAAAUACCAUUUGAAGGCAGUUCUGUUUUCACUUCUUUUCAGUAAAGAUUUUUUUUUUAAUGUAAAUUGAGAAAUUGGAAAUACUGCCUGAAGGAAACUUUCAUAUGAAAAAAAAACUUUGUUCCUCAGUUUCUGCUUGAAGAGUGAGGAACAGACUUUGCUAGAGGAUUUGCUUUUUGCCACACUUCUGAAGAAUUGUACAAACUCCAAGAGAAGCACAGUUUUGUUUUGUUUCAUAGUGUACUUAGUGCACUUUAUGUCUCCAGCAAGAAAAAUGAGUAACAAACUGGAAAACAAAAGAAAGAGUAAGAAAGGAAAAGGUCAAGAAAUGUCUGCCAAUUUAAAGUACCUUUCCUUGGGCAUCCUGGUUUUUCAGACCACAAGUUUAGUGCUGACCAUGCGCUAUUCUCGGACGCUGAAAGAAGAAGGGCCGCGUUACUUAUCCUCUACUGCAGUAGUUAUUGCUGAACUUCUGAAGAUUUUGGCCUGUGUUCUAUUAGUCUACAAAGACAGCAAAUGCAAUUUACGGACUCUGAACAGAGUGCUACAUGAUGAAAUCCUUAACAAACCCAUGGAAACCCUUAAACUUGCUAUUCCUUCAGGAAUUUACACUCUUCAGAACAACUUGCUAUAUGUAGCAUUGUCAAACCUAGAUGCAGCCACAUACCAGGUUACAUAUCAACUGAAAAUUCUCACCACAGCAUUGUUUUCUGUGUCCAUGUUGAGCAAGAAACUGGGUGUAUACCAGUGGCUGUCACUCGUAAUAUUGAUGACAGGAGUGGCAUUUGUGCAGUGGCCUUCAGACUCUCAAGCAACACCUGCUAAGGAGCACUCAGCAGGAUCACAGUUUGUAGGCCUGAUUGCAGUUCUCAUAGCGUGCUUUUCUAGUGGAUUUGCUGGAGUUUAUUUUGAGAAAAUUUUAAAAGAAACUAAGCAGUCUGUGUGGAUCAGAAACAUUCAGCUUGGGUUUUUUGGUAGCAUAUUUGGACUGAUGGGUGUUUACAUUUAUGAUGGAGAACAACUGUCAAAGAAUGGAUUUUUUCAAGGAUACAAUAAACUUACUUGGGUGGUGGUUGUUCUACAGGCACUUGGAGGGUUGGUGAUUGCUGCUGUUAUAAAAUAUGCCGACAACAUUUUAAAGGGAUUUGCAACUUCUCUCUCCAUUAUACUGUCAACAUUGAUCUCCUAUUUCUGGCUGCAAGAUUUUGUCCCUACAAGUGUCUUUUUCCUCGGAGCCAUCCUUGUAAUAGCAGCUACUUUUCUAUAUGGUUAUGAUCCCAAACCUGCAGGAAAUCCCAUUAAGGCAUAGCAGACUUCCUCAUCAACCUGCUUCUUGAGAUCAUGCACUGGGGGCCUUGCUAGCACUGGCAUGUGGGAAGUGUCACUGUGCACUGCCAGGGAAGGAUGACUGCUCUGCAUCUAUUGAAGAAAUGCUGAAGAGUAGUUCUGAACAGCCAGAGGGGUUACAGGUGGAGGGUGAUGCUGUCUGCAACUGAUGGGGGGGGAAAUGUCAGGGGAAUGCCCAGUGCAACUUGCUAAUAAAAACUUGAAAGAACCAAAAGUUUCCAAGAAACUACAAUUAGGAAUGUUUACACCUUUGACUGAGAUUGCAUCAACAAGAAUUACUGUAUUGACUGCUGCAGAAAUAUGUCCUAUGCACUCUUUAAAAGAGCACACGACAACAUUGUCAGAUUGUAUGUUUUUGCUAUUCAAUUCUAUUUAUCUUAGUAAAUAUGUUUUUAACUGUUUGUCUAUUUACGUGAAAUGAGCAGAAAGUCAUAGUUCUAAAGUGAUGGUUCUAAUUAGGUACUCCUUAUUAAAACUGAAAAUUGAAGUAUGAUUGAAAGACACUUUCACAAUAUCAAAUAUUUUUAUAUUUUUAGAAGGCUGAUUUAAUAACAGAAAUCUGUUAUUAAAUGAUAGUAUUUUAAUUCUGUUGCUUCUAUAAAACUGUUGUAGGAAUGUUAACAUUCUCACUGAAAUACAAAGGGAGGAAUAUUCGAGCCUUCAUCAGCCUGUAGUGUUGGAGCAGAUGGAAUAACUCUGGGAACACAGGCUGGAGGUUACUGUGCUAACCUGGGAGCAGCAGUAGGGAUGUGAUGUUCAUUCUUUUUUUUUUUUACUGAUUAUAAAUCAACUUUUUGGUAGAAUCUUAAAAGUAGUUUUUGUGCUUUAAAUCGUCUCUGAAGAUUUUUUUUAAACCAUGAUUUCAAAAGACAAAGAGCUCAUAAUAAGCAUUUUAAAGGCAUUAUCAUUGUCUGUAACAGCUCCAUCUGGAGAUAUUAUGGUAUGGCAUCUGUAUACUGUACUGUACUUUAUUACAGAGGUGUUUUUUAAACAAGUGUUGUUUACUCAUGAACUCUUCCAGGCUUUUUCUGUAUAUUUCUAUGUAAUGGUUUAAUUGGAGUCUUGGUGGGGUUUUUUAAAUUAUUAUUAUUUUGUUCUGAGAGUCAUUGAGCCAACAGAUUAAAAUGGGUUCUCUGGACCUAUUUGUUCUAAUAGUGGAAUUACUGUAAUAGGAAGUAUAAUUAAAAAGCAAUUAAUUGUGCAAUAGGUAAAUAUAAAAGCAUGCUGUUAUUCUGUUUAAAGCAAAAAAAAAAAAAAAUACUACACAAAGAAACCUUGCUGCAAUUAGAUUAAUUAGACUGUUAUGAAUACUUGCAUAUAGUCAGAAACACUAAAAAAAUCUGCAACUAAUAAACAAAAAAAAACUGUCUUAAAAAUCAUUGGUUUUCAGGUUCACAAUGGAUGUUAAUGUCGAAUGACUCAUGUGACACCUGUGAUGGUGCAUUUAUAUAAAAGCAUUUUGGGAGUCCCUUACCAGUAGAAUGGCAAGUGGUAAAAAUGUCUUUAUUCCUUUCUUCCCUGCCACCACUCCCUCCAUUCUCUUUCUCACAUCUGUCUUGUACUAAAGAAAAUGUGUAAUAGAAAGGUGUUUUAAAAUGUUUACCGAAGUACCUCAUCUGAUUGACCAGGAGAUUCUGUAGGAGUGCUCUGAGCUGUCUCAGUGAAGUAUUGUAAAUGGGAAAGGAAGAAUUCCACUGAUGUCAAUCAAGUAAAAUUGUUUCUUUCUUCUGUUGGCAAUUACAUGUUUUAUCAACAUUUUGUUUGUUUGUCUUAUCAGAGCAAGACAUUAAAGAAAUAUCAGAGCUCUGCCUAGAGCUUGUUAAGCUUUGUGAACUUUGAAUCUGUCCCAGCAUGUUGUAAUUGCAAUAGCUUUGCUACUUGGCAAUCAAAGCUAUCUAAAUGGGCAUUCUGUGUUAAUAUUAAAUCUUUUACACGUAACAUUCAAUGUGGCACAAUGUUUGAAAAGUCACAUUUAGCCAUGUCCCCCUGCAGUGCACCCUGAGGUAAGGUGUGUGCAUUGAGCAGCAGCUCACGGCAGUGCCAAGCACAGAAUGGGACCUGCACAGCUCUGAAAUGAGGUGGGAGGUGUUGGUGGCAAUCUCUCAACUGGAGUUUGGCCCUACACAGGAAUACUUUUGAUUUUGUGAAUCACAGUAGUGGGAGUGUUCAAGUGAUAUAAUUGGUAACUUUCUUUUAAAAAGUCUCCAAAAAACAUAAAAAGCGGAUUGUACUGGAAGGGACCAAAAAAGCCAAAUAAUUACCCCGUGGCUGGAGCUCUGUGACAUGUAGCCUGGUUUUAAUAUUUCUGGUACACCUGUCAAUAUUUGCCAGGAUGUUUAAAGGCAGGACCAGGCAUAUGUCCUGGUCUUUCCUUUUCCCUCUUUGCUUUGGAAUAGAAUGCCAUGCAGCUUUGGAAAACUGCCUGCUGUACUAAGGAACAGUAGCUCCUUUCUGUAAAGGAACAGUCGCUCCUGCCUGUAAAUCAAUGACUUCCAUGCUUUCACUUGACAGCCCAAUUCUGUUUUCCAGCAGAAGGAUAGAUCUCCUCACAGACUUGUUGCUGAAAAGUGAUUUUGCAUUUUUAGCUGUGUUUCCUCACAGAGAGGAAAGGCUCUUCUCUGAGGUGUGGCUCUGGGCAAGGGGAGGCAGCAUUUGCUUUGUGAGAACAGAAAGGAUUUCAGGAGGGCUUACUGAUUUCUGUGACCUUUGCAUUGGGGAGCAUGUGCACAUUUUCUCACUGAGAUACUUCUGGAUUUGGAUUUUUAUUUUUUUUUAAGUAGCUUUAAGUCUAUAACUCAUUAACUAACCAAAGAGUAAUAGCUAGCACAGAGUUUUGGGAGGUAGUGGAUAAUGUUCUUUGAGUUUGCCCUUAAAGCAAAUGGUGUAGGAGUCUAACUUCCCAAAAAUAAACUUGUCUUUCUGAACUAU